GACGCCCUCAGAUUACGUGCGUGGUCACGUCGUGCGUGACGUUCAUGCCUAAGCGUGGAGUGUUUGGUAACAAUUGCCGAUAACAGUCUGACAGCUUCGGACCAUGUCUCUCCUGCCUGCCGUCCGGGGUCUGCUGAGACCCCUCAGGUGCGUCCUGACGCCCCCCGCCUCUCCGCGGCGCGGCCACGCGGCUGUCGCCGACGCGAGAGCGAUUCUUGAGAGCGAACUGGAAGGGAUCCGAGUGGCAGGAACUUGGAAAGGAGAACGGAUCAUCACGUCGAAGCAAGGUCCCAGGAUCAACGUGGACGGCAGUCGUGGCACAAUCUUGAAUUUCUGUGCCAACAACUACCUGGGUCUGUCCAGCCACCCAGAGGUGGUGCAGGCGGGGGUGGAUGCUCUGAACACCUACGGGGCCGGUCUGAGCUCCGUCAGGUUCAUCUGUGGCACCCAGGAUCUCCACAAGGAGCUGGAGAGGAGGCUGGCUGAGUUCCACGAGAGGGAGGACUGCAUCCUGUACGCCAGCUGCUUCGACGCCAACGCCGGCCUGUUUGAGGUGCUGCUGGGGCCGGAGGAUGCCGUGCUGUCUGACGAACUGAACCACGCCUCCAUCAUCGACGGGAUCCGGCUCUGCCGCGCAAAGAGGCUGCGCUACAAACACAUGAGCCUGGAGGACCUGGAGGCCCGCCUGCAGGAGGCCCAGUCGUCCCGCAUGCGUCUGGUUGUGACCGACGGGGUGUUCUCCAUGGACGGGGACGUGGCCCCGCUGGAGGGGAUCUGCGCGCUGGCCGAGCGCUACGGGGCGCUGGUCUUCAUCGACGAGUGCCACGCCACCGGCUUCCUGGGCGCCCGCGGCAGGGGGACUGACGAGCUGCUGGGGGUGAUGGACAGAGUCCACAUCGUCAACUCCACCCUGGGGAAGGCCCUGGGAGGGGCCGCAGGCGGCUACACCGUGGGCCCCAAGCCCCUUAUCGACCUGCUGCGCCAGCGCUCCCGGCCCUACCUCUUCUCUAACUCUCUGCCGCCCCCGGUGGUGGGGAGUGCCCUGCGCGCCCUGGAGCUGCUGCUGGCCUCCAGCCACAUCGCCCAGAGCAUGGCCGCCAAAACCAUGAGGUUUAGGGACCAGAUGACGGAGGCAGGCUUCACCAUCGCCGGCUCCGCCCACCCCAUCUGCCCCGUCAUGCUGGGAGACGCACGGCUCGCCUCGCUGAUGGCCGACGACAUGCUCAAGCUAGGUGUGUAUGUGGUGGGGUUCUCCUUCCCGGUGGUGCCCAAGGGCAAAGCCAGGAUCCGGGUCCAGAUCUCGGCGGCCCACUCGGACCAGGACAUCGACCGCUGCGUAGAGGCCUUCAUCCAGACGGGCAGGAAGCAUGGCGUGGUUGCGUAGGACCGGCUGCGUUCUCCAGCAGACUGUUGCAGACUUUACAGACUGUUACACACAAUGUUAUGCUGUAAGAUCUACACGUGACUUAAAGAGAUCCAUUGGCAUAUUAUGUAUUUUUGGCUGCUUUUGUCCAAUGAUUAAAGUUGUUUUGCUAACAAUC